GGCCACGGCGUGGGCGGGACCAGCGGAGGCCAGGAAGCGGCGGCGGACGCGCGGUGGCUUUUCCUGCCCGCGGCCCCGGAGCGCAGCGGGGCGGACGGACGGACCGACCGACCGACCCGCCGGGCCGCGCCGGAGAUGACGACGCUGACGCACCGGGGCCGGCGGGCGGAGGGCCGGGGCUCUGAGAAGAGAGCGGAGGGCGAGGAGGAGGCGGCCGACAGAGAGCUGAACGAGGACGAGCCCGAUGACUCCAAAGACAUCCGCCUGACCCUCAUGGAGGAGGUGCUGCUCCUGGGGCUGAAGGACAAGGAGGGCUACACCUCGUUCUGGAACGACUGCAUCUCCUCGGGGCUGCGCGGGGGGAUCCUGAUCGAGCUGGCGCUGCGCGGCCGCAUCCGCCUGGAGCCGCUGGCCCUGAGGAGGAAGAGGCUGCUGGAGAGGAAGGUGCUGCUGAAGUCAGAUGCUCCCACUGGGGAUGUGCUGCUGGAUGAGACCCUCAGGCACAUCAAGGCCACCGAGACAGCAGAGACGGUGCAGACCUGGAUAGAGCUGCUCACUGGAGAGACCUGGAACCCCUUCAAGCUGCAGUACCAGCUGCGCAACGUGCGGGAGCGCCUGGCCAAGGCCCUGGUGGAGAAGGGCAUCCUGACCACGGAGAAGCAGAACUUCCUCCUCUUCGACAUGACCACCCACCCCGUCAGCAACGCCUCCGAGAAGCAGCGCCUGCUGAAGAAGCUCCAGGAGAGCGUCCUGGAGCGUUGGGUCAACGAGCCCCAGCGCAUGGAGCGCAGGACCCUGGCCCUGCUGGUGCUGGCCCACGCCUCGGACGUGCUGGAGAACGUUUUCGCCAGCCUGGCCGACGACAAGUACGACGUGGCCAUGAACAGGACCAAGGACCUGCUGGAUAUGGACCCUGAGGUGGAAGCUGCCAAGGGCAGGGGCACGGAGAUGAUCUGGGCCGUGCUGGCGGCCUUCAAUAAGUCCUAAAACCUCUCCUUGGUGGGUCCCAUCAUGGGGUCACACCCUGGGAUGUCCCCAGAGUGACUUGGACCUGGAAGGUGCCAAAGGUGUGGGCACAGAGAUGAUCUGGGCCAUGCUGGUGGCCUUCAAUAAGUCCUAAACACUCCUCACAUGGUGUGGGGGAGAUCCCUGAUGGGUCCCAUCCUGGGGUCACACCCUGGGGUCUCCCCAGAAGAACCUGGACUUGGAAGGUGCCAAAGACAUGGGCACGGAGAUGAUCUGGGCCAUGCUGGUGGCCUUCAAUAAGUCCUAAACAUUCCUCACAUGGUGUGGGGGAGAUCCCUGAUGGGUCCCAUCCUGGGGUCACACCCUGGGGUCUCCCCAGAGGGACCUGGACCUGGAAGGUGCCAAAGGUGUGGGCACGGAGAUGAUCUGGGCCAUGCUGGUGGCCUUCAAUAAGUCCUAAACACUCCUCACACGGUGUGGGGGAGAUCCCUGAUCAGUCCCAUCAAGAGGACCCCUCUCCCCAGAGGGACCUGGACCUGGAAGGUGCCAAAGGUGUGGGCACAGAGAUGAUCUGGGCCAUGCUGGUGGCCUUCAAUAAGUCCUUAACACUCCUCACACGGUGUGACGGAGAUCCUUGGUGGGUCCCAUCCUGGGGUCCCACCCAGGUGUCUCCUGUGGGGGACCUGGAGCUGGAAGGUGCCAAAGCCAGGGGCAUGGAGAUGAUCUGGGCCAUGCUGGUGGCCUUCAAUAAGUCCUAAACCCCUCCUCACGUGGUGUGGGGGAGAUCCUUGAUGGGUUCCAUCAGGGGGACCCCUGUCCCCAUGGGGACCUGGAGUUCCUGGGCACUGGGUGGGCUCAGCCUGGGGAGGGACCAGGGGAUUUUUGCUUUUUCCCCUCCUCAGGUAGGGCUGGGAGGUGACAACCCACCAGCAGCACCACCACCAGCACAGCCCCGUGGUGCCUCCAGGGAGAGAGGUGGCAGCAGCUCUUUGGGCAUUUCCUUCUGAGGCCAGGGCAGAGCCCAGGGGUGGCAGAGCUGGGGGUGGCAGAGCCCGGGGUGGCAGAGCCCAGGGGUGGCAGAGCCCGGGGUGGCAGACCCCGGGGUGGCAAAGCCCGGGGUGGCCCCGGAGCUGCUCCAAGAAGCCAAACCCUGGCACAUUCGGGGCUCCUGGGUGCCUCUCCCCCAGCCAGCUCCUGCCUGGCAGCUCUGGGGGUGCCCCUGAGGAGCUCACACCCUCCUGGGGUGGGGUUUGGGGGUGUUGGGCACCCCAAGGCUCCCCUGGGCUGUGCCCCCGUGGCUCAGCUGCUCUUUCUAGUAAGAAAAAUCAAGUGAAACUGUGAUUAUUUUUGUUCACAACCCCCUUCCUUCCUUCCUCCCCACUUUAUUCUCCUGUAGUUCACUUAAAAUUGAAAUAUUUCUCCGCA